UCCACUUCAACUACUGCUUAGAUGCAGAUGCCCUCACCGUGCAUGCCUCGCUAGCGGCUAUUCACAUGUAGAAGGUGUAUUUGCUUUUGUUCCUGUCAGCUGACAAACUAUUUACCUCCAAAAUCUGACAAUUCCUGAUCUUCUUCCACCCCCCAACUCUCAUUCCCCGGCACGUACCCAACAUAACCCCUCACUCCUCAUCAAAGCAUGUCACGAAGGCCACCAUCAACAGUCAUCGAUCUAACCUCUGGAUCAAGACAAGCCCUCCAGCACCAUCUCCAUCGCCACAACUCUACCAAUCACUACAACUUCGACCUUCAAGGCCCCUCCAAUUCCCGUACCCAGCAAGACCAACAACUUCCUCCUCCUCCUCCUCCUCCUCCCCCUCGCGGCGUCAAACGACGACGCUUCAGCGAUGAAACAAUCGGUCUCUACACCACCCCAACUCCAGACGCCGAAGAUGAUAUCGAAGCCGUCGAUCUAACCGACGUCAACAACGAUUCCGCGCUCGCCGAAGUCCUCUCCAAACAGCGCGAAGACGCCGUGAGAGCGCAACAAGCGACAGAGCACAAGGAGGGACGGACGACAUUGAGCGCGACGAAGUGUGCGAUAUGUAUGGAUACGCCGACGGAUGCGACGACCACGAUAUGCGGCCAUUUGUUCUGCCAUAAAUGCAUCAUCGAUUCCCUCCGCUACGACGAAGAGCGAUCUGAAGCGACUACGGGCAAGUCGAGUCGCGGGAAAUGUCCGGCUUGUCGGAAACAGAUUUCAAGGAGAGAUGCGCCGGGGCCGAAACGGGAUCUUAUUCCGCUGCAGUUUAAGUUGAAGCGGCCAUCAUAAGAAUGCAAGAGUACUUGCAGAAUACUUGCACAAAUAGAGCCACAGUACAGAUGAAACGGCAGCAUCAGUCGUACCUUUCCAGACAUGCAGAGCUGCGUGACGGCUCCUCUGCUGUUCAAGAUCUCUCCAAUCAGUGGCGUUUCGUUCGAUUAUUGUUGGCGUGGUCACGAACAGAUGGUGGUUCUGGAUAUAACAUCUUGAAUUCUCAAUUUUCAGCGCACGAUAACCAAACGCUAGUUGCGACUCGACUUGUAGUUUGGAACCGGCAUGAUGCUAGGAGUACUAUCAGGGACUACAAAUUUGUCUUUCAUCUUUGCCAUACUAUACAUAUCUCGUUGUACAUAGACUUAAUUUAUAAUACCACAUGAAUCUCGAUUAUUGAAACUAUCUCAUUAUCAUACAAUCAAUACAGCCAAA